UUUUAUACUUGAGUAACACUGCCAAUGCAGUGCUUUUACUCAUAAUGGCGUAUUUUACAGUGACGCAUUAUUGAUUUUAGAAGUAAAGGAUCUGGAUACUUCAUCUAACACUGUGCAUGGCUUUGAUAAGUUGACAAUGUGUUUAUUUUGUACCAUAGUCUUUACAAGCGUCAACAUGCUAAUGUGCAGAUUGCGCAAAAGGAAUACCUUAGAUUUUUAUUACAAAAUAUAACUUACAAAACAUGAAUGUAUUUAAUAAACAUUGCAGGACAUGUGUACAUGUGACAUGCUAAUACACACACACUCACUCACUUCUGAGUAUGUGUGGAUUGGUAGCAACCAGGUAGCACUUUAUUUACGGUAACUAUGGUCAUACCUGAGCAACAUCAAGGUGUGGCACACACAUCAGAGGUCCGCCCUCUACUGUUGGUAAUAAUUAAGUCUUAACAAUUUUUAUCUGUAAUGAGGGGAGUGAAACGUGCUGUUAUAAAUUAUAAUCGUAUAUAAAAAAAGAUUGUGUUUAUUAAUUAGUUGUCGUUGUUUGUAUAUUUCCUAUUCAAAUUUAGAGAGUCGUAUGAUACCGGUGUGGACUGGUGAUGUGGGUUGCCUUGCUCUGUGCACUACCCCAACAACCCGUGCGGUGAUGGCGAGGAAACCCCGUUGACAAGGCACUGCUUUUUCAUGACGGUGUCAUGGAUGAUGAGGACGAUCGCCAUCUUCUGGAUAUUUUAGGAGAUGUAGAUGCAUUGAACGACUAUCUCCACGGCAGCAACAGCAAGUCUAUUGAAGAGGAGGAUGUGACAAAUGCAGCUUAUGGCUCGGACGGAUCUCUCUUUGCUAGUGACACAACUGGCUCCAACCUUGGCCUCAAGGAUGGCUCUUCUUCAAUGGGCGAAUUCUGUGAUGAUUCAGCCGGGGCAGGCCUCCAGCUCUCCAGCAGCCUUUCAUUUAUCGAGGAUGAAUUGGGGACUGGGAACUCCCCUGGAGGGGUGGAUCUCGGGGGAGAGGACCAGCCUUUUGACAUCCUACAGAAGUCUCUCCUGGAGGCCGACAUCACGGAGCAGACGCUGGCCCAGGAGGCCUUACUGGACUCCCAGCCUGCUCCCACUCUAGUACAGGCUCCCGUUCCCUUCCCUUCCCAGCUGGUCUCUGGGGCUUAUGGAGGGGGAAUGGGUGUGGUUACCACAGCAACGAACGCUUUCCCCACAGGCCAGUUCCUACAAGGAGUGUCCCAGCUGCCCAACGGCUCUGCCCAGCACAUCCAGGUGUUGAGCUCCUUCGGGGCAGGUGGUGGGGUGAUGACUCUGAGCAGCUUGGAGAGAACUCCUCAAAUUGUGUUGAGGCCAGGGGCACCUGUGGGUGCAACAGGGGCCACAACAGGGGGGCAGGUGUUUGCCCCUACUCAAGGGCAGGUAGGCCAAGUGGGCUUACCUUUCAAAAACAUCCCACUUCAAAACAUCAUCAUCCAGAGAGGCCCAGGAGGGACCCAGACUCUUGUCAGACCUAUCCAACCUAAACCCCUUCAAAGUGGGGCUCAGACCGUCUACAGCCUUGGUCUUCAGCCCACUUCCACCACCAUGGCUAAUGUAGUUAACGCUAACACCACUACUCCUGGGGGGCAGUACACAGCCAAUGGAUCCGUUGUGGUGCAGCCACCCCUGGAGCAGCAACAAGCACAGGCCCAGACAAACAUACCACCCGGACAGUUCUUGCUCCCCAGCUCUUUGGCACUCACUCCAGCGAGCACCAUCCACAAUGGCCCCACUGACCCCAACUCUAACGCCCUAAUCACCAGUCAGAACACGGUACAGAUAGUUGCGGGGCAGAACUUCACUGCACCACCAAGGGGUCAGUUAAUUUUGAAUCAGGGAGUAGUCAGUGGGGGUCAGGUCGGAGUGACUCAGACAUGGACAGGAGUCUCCUGUGCAAGCUCCGCCCCUGUGCAGACAUCAUGCGCCCCUGGGCGGCUGACUCUGGUCGGCCCAGCGACGGCAGGGAUCGGCAGUCAAGGCCAAGUGUCAGCUAGCCCUGUGCAGCGCCUUCUCGUGACUCAGACUCAGAACUGCACGUCUCUUUCGCCUUUACCUGGUACAGUGACACAGGAACAAGACUACAGACAGAAUUCAUCAUCGCCUGCCCUUAAACAGGCACAGCUCAGCAACAUUCAUGCCAUGAAAACCAUGACACAAGAUUCAAUGCUAAACUCUCAGGUCAGUGCACAGAAGAGGCCUGCCCUUCCGCCACUUACAAGAGGAGAAAUGAUUUUACAACAGUUGAGGAAGGAUCACACCGGAGUUCAGACCCCAGAUCGACGUCAGUUCACUUCAAUCAACGACACGCUGCAAAGACUCCUCCCAUACCAUGUGUUCCAGGGGGCUCCACCGAGCCAUGAUGAGUUCUCACAGGUGGAUGAAGAGUUCGAGGCGGUUGCGACUCAGGUGCUGAAGAGGACCCAGGCCAUGGUGAACAAAUACAGACGACUGCUAAUGGUGGAAGCUGAGCGUUCAAGUCCAUCUUCAGAAAUGGUGAUGAUUGACAGGACCUUCAACCAAGAGGAACGCAGCAACCUGACACAAGACAAACGCAUGGUACUUGUGGAUCCAGACAGCUUCUUGGAAGACUUCUGCUGUGGGAUGAAAUCCAAACUCUUCCAAGACCCCUCCCCACCUCAGUCCAGCUGUAGUUGGAAUCAGUCAGACAGAGGCUCCACAGAGCCACCGUACAGGACAGACUCCCAGCCCGGGUACGGAGAUCCUGGAGGGGGUGGGGCUGUGGGACCGGGUGCGACAGAUAGACUCCACACUCCACACGUGGAAAACAAGAGCGUCCUGGAGCUGAAGAGAUCCCAGCAACGCCACACAGCCAGCUGCGCCAGCAACAACAGCCUCACCGCUGCCAACAGUUAUCCACAAGGUAACCCCUCGCCUUUCGCAACAACGUCGGGAGCACAGACGCACUACCAGGGGUCACACCACCUGUCCUCCCACCCGACCCAGCCACAGUACCCUCCUCAGCUCUCCUCACCCCCCCAUCCUGACACAGAUUCAGCUCUAGAGGCGGCAGUCAACAGCAUCUUGGAGUGUUAAGACUGAACGCUUCAUAUCAUCCCCUAUGUUUAUUUUUUUCUUUCUGAGCAAACUCUCCUGUUGUAAUAUCUCUUAUACCCCCCUGCACCCAAAACCCAGUGUGAAGAGAGGUUAACUCUUCUUUCAGGUCUAUGAUCUUUGUGAUAUAAUCUCUGACCACGUAGCAUGUAUUUAAAAUUUUUUUUUGUUUGUUUGUUUUUGAGGCGAGGUAGGAGUCAAGUUGAACACAGGCACUUAUAAUUACCUAUAAAGAUCCGGGAACGUGUGCAAUGCAGCGGAGUAACAGAUAGUAAAUGAUCUCAUUUUGUUUAUUUUAACAUUAUCUUACAGGGGUAGGGACUUCAGUAGCUUGAAUAUAAGAGUGUUCCUCUCUUCACACAUGCAUACACACACACACACACCCCAUUAAUAUUUUGUGCCAGCUGAUUACCCCCAAUACCUAUACUGAAAAACAGGGAGGAGGAGGCGGGACAGAAACGAUGACUGUGCCUAACUCUAGGUUUUUAUUUUGAAGUGUUUACAUGAAGAGGCUAUCCACACGCUCACUUCUUUCCUGCAUUACAAAAUACACAGUGAACACACACAUGCUUUAGUACAAUGAGUUCAGUAGAUUCAUGGUUCAGAGGUGGAGAUUUACUUUAAGGUAAGCUCAGUAGAGACACAUUCACAUAGACGAAUUGCACUAAACAUACUGUUGCUUCUUUCAGGAACUAUAUGAAAAUGAGGCUGUCGUUGAUAAGUGUGCACUAGGCUAAACAGAAUGUGAACAUUUGGAACAGAACCAAAUUUACUCGCCUGCUUUCAGCUGCCUGCAACAAGGAUAACCUCUUAUUCACACUAGAAACCAGUCAGACUAGUCAUAUAGACGUAUAUAGUAGUAUUACAGUACUCAGCAGUGCUCUUUUUUUUUAUGUGCUUAAGUCACAUUUUCAUUGGCAUUUUUUCUUUUGUACCUUAAAGGUAUGCGAGCCCCGACACAGACACAACAAAUCUCAAACUCAACCACUUUUUAUCAUUUCAGUGAGUUUGUGUCUGGGGAGCUAAGUCCUCAGAUUGAGGAAGAUAUGUUACGAUAUGUUUAUCUUUUUUAUUUUGAUUUUUAUUUCCUCAUUUUUAGAAAUGUCAAUAAAAAAAGAUGACUGUUUUGUUCAUUGUAAAGUGUUUCCCCGGCUUUGUGAAGAGUUUAAAUGACCUUCGUGGGUCAUUGAUUGUACGUACAUUUGUCUGCCUUCUGCAUAUAAUUAUAUAUUGAUCAUAUCUGUCUAACUAUGCUUUACUACCUUGAUAUCUCUAUCAGGGUGUGUUAAUCUGCAUACGUACACACUGGUCUACGACUAUGUUUUCAUGUAGUUUGGUGGUUUGAUUACCAUACUCUUGACUUUAUUCCCAAGUGUUUUCGCCCGCACCCCCCGGAUGUUUUUUUUUCUCACCUUCAAGUCAUUUCUCACAUUUCCUGUUUUCCCUCUCAGCAGUGCAACCAAAAUUAACAGGAGACAGUGUAGCCAUGUCCAGAAUCACCCUCAGAUCUUAUGUAUUUCUUUGUGGUGGUGACAACAGCUCUGUGGCUGUCUUUUUUUUUUUUAAGUUGUUUGUUCUGAAGCUGUGCCCCUAAAAUAACUUUGGUUCCCAUUGUGUUCUGAGUAUUUUUGAGUUUUCAUUUAGUUUUUGGAGCCAAAACUUAAUUUACUGUGAUAUUUCAUUAUGAUGAAGAAUUGGCCAUGUGUUUAUGUUUUUGGAGUAACAUUUUAUUGUGUAAACAUCCUCAGAAAUCUGCAUCAUGGUGUAAGGAAGACAUGGAGAUGUCUGCCAAAUGCAACACAGGACCAAAGCUUAGGUUAAAUGUGUUAAAUGCUCCUGGGGUCGAUUCUGGACAGUGCCACCUUUCUCUUCUUGUCUGUGAAAUAUGCUUGCCAGUAUGCUACAGGAGCAGACUGAAGGCCUUUUAUAUGGGGUGAUUGAGAAAAAACAUCAACCUUAUUAUUUUUGUGUUUGAGUGCCAGUGGCCAUCGCAGCCUGCCUGUUAUCUCUGCAUCAACCCUUAUAGAGCUUUUACAUUUACCAGUGCACACUGAGAUAACUGGGCUCUCUCUGUUUUAAAAUCAAAUCUCUAAAUGACAUUUAGGGGUCAAGUGAGAUUUGUAAGUUACUCCUUCAAGCGGUUGCUGCAAGAUUUUGUGCCUCUAUAGCACUUACAUUCACAAGAAAGCUAGUUUUACACUUGCACAAAGUAGGAACAUGUCCAGUGUUGGUAAAACAUUGUGUUAUCUGGAUGCAUAUCAGUGUCUGAGGGCCUGGUAAGGAACAUACUGUGCUUUUUUUCUCCCCUGUUCUCAGUGCAGAGAUUUGUUUUUCUGCCUCCAUUUUCACUGUUGUUUUGUCUCACUUGAUUUGUAUAGUUUGUUGUUUUGUACAAAAAAUGAAAAGUGAAACACAAAAUAUUUAUAAUUUUGUAUGGAGAAAAAAAAAUGUAAAAAAAAAAAAACAUGAGAAAAUGGAAAUUAUUUUUUAUUGUGUUGGCUAAGAAGUGGCGUCAGGAGAAAAAAAAAAUUGUACAAAAAUACUGUCAUUUCUUCAUUUGUAGCUAAUGUGUGUUCACUACAGCAGCAAGGAGAGUCAACAAUAAAUUCAUUUGGAAUACAAUAACAAACUG